GACUGUAAUAGUAAACGAUAUGAACAAUAUGAACACAAACAGUUCGUUAAACUCCUCUUCACGUCUCUCAGGCUGAAGACGGCUCGUGACGCGACGUCUCGCAGCGGCUUCUCUCUGGCUCUAGGGGCGCUGCACCGCUACACCGGAGGAAUCGGCUCACCUCAACACCUGUCCACCUGUCUGGGAGUCCUGUUCACUCUGAGCCAGGACAGCACCUCACCUGAGGUCCAGACCUGGUCUCUCCACAGUCUGUCUCUGGUGGUCGACCUGUCUGGCGGUCUGUACCGCGCUCACGCCGAGCCGUCCUUCAACCUGGUGCUCCGGCUGCUGCUGUCGGCACCGCCCACCCACCCAGAGGUGCACCACAGCCUGGGACGCUGCCUGCACGCCCUCAUCACCUGCCUGGGCCCCGACCUGCAAGGUGAAGGUGCAGCAGUAUCCGGUCUGCGCUCCACCUGUCUGGUGGGAUGUGAGGUGAUGCAGGACUUUCCAGACUCUCUGGUUCAGGCCAGAUCCAUUUCCUGUCUGCAGCAGCUGCACAUGUUCUCACCUCCACACGUCAACCUGGCCAGCCUAGUACCUGCACUCUGUGAGAUCUUGUUGGAUUAUUCCAUGUUGGCUCACCUGUGUAGUUCCUACCUGUGUCUACGUGGGUCGGUGGUGUCGUGUCUGCGUCAGCUGGUCCAGCGUGAAGCUCUGGAGGUUUGUGAACACGCUGUGACUCUCGUCAAAGAGCUGCCCAGACGAGACAACACGCAGCUGGACGUCACCAUAAAGGAGGUGGGUCUGGAAGGAGCCCUGUUCACUCUGUUGGACCGGGAGUCAGAUCCUGGUCUGAGGAGGGACAUCCAGGAGACUCUGGUCCACACGAUGGCGUCCAGCGCCACCAGCGGCAAACUGGGACACUGGCUCAAACUCUGCAAGGACGUCCUGUCUGCGACCACCGACUGUCGGACUCCGGUUGAGGCGAGGCAGGAGGACGAGGAGGCGGACCCCGCCAGAGACGACGACUCCUCCGCGUUCAAGGCUCGGUCGGAGUCCGGCGGCCCGUUCACGGCGCUCCGCUGGGCCACGCGCCGCUUCGCCAUGGAGUGUGUGUGUCGCAUCAUCGCUCAGUGUGAGACCGCCGACCCGGCGCACUUCAACAUGGCGCUGGCUCAGGAGCGACGCCUGUACGAGUCCACCGACUUCCUGGUGCUCCAUCUUGGCGACCUGGUCCGCAUGGCGUUCAUGGCGGCGACGGACUAUAGCGACCAGCUGCGGCUGGCGGGUCUCCAGACCCUGCUGGUCAUCAUCAAACGCUUCUCCGCCAUCCCCGAACCGGAGUUCCCGGGUCACGUGAUCCUGGAGCAGUACCAGGCCAACGUCGGAGCUGCUCUCAGACCAGCCUUCAGUGCUGACGCUCCUCCUGACGUCACCGUCAAGGCCUGCCAGGUGUGCAGCGCCUGGAUAGCCAGCGGUGUGGUCAGCGACCUCCGUGACCUGCGGCGGGUCCAUCAGCUCCUGGCCUCCUCAUUGGCUAAAGUCCAGGCCGGGAAGGAGGCGUCGGGCCAGCUGUACAACGAGGCUGCCGCUACUAUGGAAACACUGGCCGUCCUGAAGGCCUGGGCAGAGGUUUACAUCGUAGCCGUUCAGAGGAGCAGACAGAAGGAGCGUCCCGAUACGACGGCCGACCUGUCAGUCUCCUCCUCCUCUCCGGCCAAUCACAGCUCAGGCUCUGAGUCUGGAGGGGCGGGCCUCCUGAAGCUGGUCCAGUCAGAUGUGUCGACGCUCAGUCGUCUGUGGCUGUCGGCGCUGCAGGACUACGGCCUGCUGACCCUCCCACAAGAGUACGCAUCACAGCUACCUGAGACAGGAGGUUCUUUCUACACAGCGGAGACCGUGAACCAGGCCAGAGCUCAUUACUCCUCCUCCUGGGCUCCCAUCCUCCACGCCACAUCCCUCUGGCUCCACAGCACCGGUUUUGUGAUGUCAGACGACACACCUGCCUUUCUGUCCCGUCCGGCCACGCCCACUUCCAUGGGACACACGGGGGGCGGAGCCAAGAGUCCAGAGGACGUCAACACCGACAGACUGCACCUCAUUCUGGGGAUCAGUGUGGAGUUCCUGUGUUCUCCGCACUCUGACGACCAGAUGGAGAACAUCACUUCCUGUCUGAGGGCUCUGCAGGCGCUGCUGGACGUCUCCUGGUCCCGGGCCAAGAUCGGGAACGACCAGGCUCUGAGUGUAGAGCUGCUCAGUGUCCUCCACCGUCUGAUGGUGACCAGAGAGUCUCCGUCUGUUCAGCUCUCUGUGUUGGAUUUACUGAGACAGAUUGUGACAUCGGCUCAAGAGCUCGUUAGAGAGAAACGCUACAGCGCUGAAGUGGAUGACGGAGCGUCAGAGAAGGAGACUCUUCCAGAGUUCGGUGAAGGUCGGGACACCGGAGGUUUGAUUCCUGGACGCUCGCUGGUGUUCGCAGCGCUGGAGCUCUGCCUCUGUGUGCUGGUCAGGAAACUCCCCCAGAUCAGCCCCAGACUGGGAGGAACCAGUCCAACUGGUCCUGGAGGUUCUGUGUGGACUUUGACUGACAGCGACUGUCAGCUGGUGUGCUCCGCUCUGUGUGUCCUCUCUGAGCUGCCGUCCGUCUGCUCCCCAGAAGGCAGCGUGUCCAUCCUCCCCACCGUCCUCUACCUGCUGCUGGGAGUCUUCAGAGAGUUGGUGCUGCAGCCCAGCACACACACUGGCGCCCCGGUGGCGGGCUCAGUGGGCGGGGCCAGUCAGGCCACGGUGGUCCAGACGGCUCUUCAGGCUCUGAAGUCCGUGGUGACGUCUCCGAUGAGCCGACAAGAAAAGAGCAGAGGAGCCUGGAACCUCCUGCUGAGAUCAGCUCUGAGCUCUCUGCUGGACCUCUGGGACGCAGACUCUGUGGUGGACCACGUCACUCUCCUCUCCGCUCUGACCGUCUUCCUUCUGUCUGCUGGUCCAGAUGUCUGCUACGUGGAGCCGCUGCACGCACUCAGUCUGCAGCGCUUCACCUCCAGCAUGGACGCCAAAGACCCACUGGUCAUGAGUCGAUGUCAUCAGCUGUUGACAUCGGUGUUUCAGGCUCCGCCCACUGUGGCCGUCCCGUACAUCCAGGCACUCGGACCGCCGCUGGUUCGAUUCCUCCAGAAGGUGGAGAGGAGUCGUCCUCAGAGUCCAGAGGAGCUGCUCGGGGUCCUGGAGGGAGUCCGGUCCAUGGAGGCUCUGGUCCAGGCUGCAGACCAGUCUCGGCGUCCUCAGCUGGUGGCCGUCCUGCUGCCGCUCCUCAUCUCCUUCCUGCUGGAUGAAAACGCUCUAGGCUCCGCCCCCACGGCGUCCCGGUCGCUCCACGAGGCGGCGCUCAAAGACCUGAUGCGUCUCGGCCCGCAACACUCUGCUGUGUUCAGGUCGCUCGUCUCCUCGUCUCCUCACCUUAAGUCUCGUCUGGAAGCCGCCGUCAAAGGAAACCAGGAGAGUCUUAACGCCAAAGCGAGCAGCGGUCACCUCGCCGCCAAGUCGUCGCCCAGCAUCACGCUGAAGACCAACUUCCUGUGAGGGGGCCGAGGUUUGGAUUAUCCCGUCUUAACCACGUGUACCUGAAUGCACCGUCACAGACUUUGUGACACGUUGACGUCGGCCAUCUUUGACCGUGACUCCUCUCACAUCUCUACGUUAUUGAUCAAUAAUCAGUGAACAACCAAUGAGAGGAGAGCUUUAUCUCUGUUAGAUUCAUGAUGAACAUGAAGAGUCACUCGUUCAUAUUCCACUGAUAUUAUCAAUGUCUACGGUCACAGAGUUUCUACAUGAGCCCAGAAGGGACAAACCAAUCACUGACGCUGUCUUUUUUUAUGUUACCUGAAGGCACUGUAGUUUCCUACCAGCUGGCUGAAGGGUGAGUGCUGUUGUUCUGUGUCCUCACCACUAGAGGUCACUAAAGAGUCAAAACUAACAUCCUGAUUCUACACACACACAUACACAGGCAUGCACAUGCACACACAUACACAGACACAUGCACACACACAGACACACAUU